AUGUUCAUCAUCACCUACGCCAUCCUUUUGUUUUCCCUCAUUUCGAAGAAAGGCUCUACAUGGAUAGACACGGCAGAGGGUCAUAUCAUUGAAGAAGACUUCAAUGGAAGUUACAUCGAAAAGGAAAUCGGCCAAAAUGUGACUCUUCUAUGUCACGGAAACGCGUCUCUACUUUGGGACUUCGACCUUGAUAAAAACAAACUUCAACGACGAAUCAAAGUGAACGACAGUGUGACGACCUUGUCGUUGUUCAUUCGAGAUCUAAAUGUGGUUGACACGGGAAAGUAUUCGUGCCAAGAGAGUAACAUGUCAAUGACGAGAUCGCACAUUCACAUGUUCGUGCGAGGAAAAAGUGCUUUUGUGGAACGUCCCAACACCGAUCCAAUUAAACUACUCAAAAAUAAUUUGAGGAUUCCAUGUCGAGCGUCUAGAUGGAUCAAAGGAGAGGAAAUGAGGCUCUACGUGAACGAGUUGAUUGUCGAGAAUAUUCAGAAAUAUUAUGAUCCAAGGAUUGGGUUCGUUUUGCAGGGAAGCUCGUGGGAAAGUGCCACUCAAGCAAGAUGUGAACACAAAAAUGAGCAAAUCGACUUUCAAAUUCAGAUGUUGAAACUCGAUGUAACAUCAGAAGACGGAUGGCCUCAAAUAGGCGAUCAAAACUACACGAUAACUUGUGUCUUGUCGAACGUGAACCAGUUCUCACCGGCCAUCGAUCCCCAAAAGAACACUCUUCAAUUUAAACGUUGCCCUCGAUGUGGAUCGGAACAUGGUGAUUCUAGUGCUGCAAACCUCGGAAAAAGUGCAAAGCAACUGGUCGGCGCAACCAAAAUCGAAGAGUUUCCCCACUUUCGA